UCCGCCGCGCGCUCUGUCGCACUCCAGCCUCAUCUGGUUCAUGGAUUACACACUGUCCCUCCAAGUGCAACAGCAGCUGGCGGUGUUCCCGACACACUUCUAUCAGUGCUGCAGUGUGGAGUUACAGAUGAAGUCAACAGAGGCAGACCAAGGGCUUUUCACAGACAGCUACUGCAAAGUGUGCAGUGCUCAGCUCAUCUCUGAGUCCCAGAGGGUCGCUCAUUAUGAGAGUCGGAAACAUGCCAACAAAGUGCGGCUGUAUUACAUGCUACAUCCUGUGGAUGGAGGCUGCCCAGCCAAGAAGCUCAGAACAGACAAUGGCAGCGAUGAAGGUGAUGUGGACAAGAAUAAGUGCUGCACGUUGUGUAACAUGUCCUUCACCUCGGCAGUGGUGGCACAGUCCCACUACCAGGGUAAAAUCCAUGCCAAGAGGCUAAAACUACUGCUGGGAGAGCAGCCUGCCAUCAUAGCCAAAGAGGCAUCUCCCAAUCCUAUGAAGAGCUCCCCUGAAACGUCUCCCAUGACCUCCCCACGACAGCGCCGCGACUCGGAUCGCUACUGUCAGCUAUGCAACGCUUGGUUCAACAACCCUGGCAUGGCUCAGCAACAUUACGAUGGCAAGAAGCACAAGAAGAACGCUGCCAGAGCAGAUCUGCUGGAACAGCUGGGCAAAACCCUGGACAUGGGAGAGAUGAAAGGUUUGAAACGAAGUUACACCUGUGAAGUCUGCAGCGUCACACUCAACUCGGUGGCACAGUACCAUGCACAUCUGCAGGGCUCCAAGCACCAAAACAAUCUGAAGAAUCAGAUAUGUGUCCAAUGAGCAUGGGACAACGAGAAAAACCAACCUCUGGAUUGAUGUCAGACAAGCUGUGGACAGCUUGCCCUGCUUUUUCUGCCUCUGCCCGCUUCGCUCUCCUCAACAUCAUCUCAGUUUCUUUUUUUCUCUCUUCCUCUCUGUCUCUGCUUCUUUCCUUCUUGCUUCUGACUGAGUCUGUGUCAGCCACUCUGACAAGGAGGAAGAUAAAGGGAUUCAUUUGAAACUCUCCAGGACCACAUCAGUUCAUUCAGCUAUCGGGAGAAAAAGAGAACAGUUUAAACAGUUCCUCGGCUUUACCUGGCACUCUUAAAUCAUUGAUUAUUGGCAUUCCUCUGCAGCUGUGAUCCGUGCUUUCUUUCUUUUUAUCCACUGAUCAUCUGAGAGCAUUAAAGAGGAUUUGACACACAGCAGCCUUUCUAAAAAUGCAUGAACUAAGUUAAAUGUUACUUUUCACAGGAUGUUAAGUACUGUACGGCGAAUUUAAAAUUGAAAACAGGAGGUUUCUUUUGAUUUUACUUGAAUGAAACUGCAUAUUUAUUUGAUCAGUCUUUGUGCUCCGUUUUUGUGGCUCACAUGAUGUAAUUUUACUUUUAUUGUGUACAGUGCAUUCUUAAAGGACCUAAAUGCCCUUGGGGCCUAAAAUCAGUUAACAGCAAUAAUGAGACUGCUUAACCUCUUCCUGUGUUGCAAAGUUAUUAUCGGCUGUUUGCCAUACUUAACAGAAAAAUUACUUUUCUUUGAUGCUGAGGCCAUUUUGUAAGAUCAGCACGAUUUAAUAAUGCAUCAGCAUAUUCACAGAAUUACAAGAGACAUUUAAUGUUAAGCCAUUCCAGAGUUCCUUCCUCAAUCUUGUACUCUGAUUAUUUUUUAUUAUUAUUAUCAUUUUCCCUGGUAGAAGAUGAAUCCUUAUGGUUGCGACACCCAAAUAUUAGAGCAAUGCCAGGGUUAUUAAUCAAUUAUCAGUUGAUUUUACAGAGAACACAUCACAUGUAGAAUGUGCCCUUGAAUCAUUAAAGAGAUUCAGCAUUUCAGAGAAAUGUAAUUUAAUCCUUUUCCAGGCUUUGCUGGGAUCUUUAGUAGAAAUGGAUCAGUUUACUUUUUUCCAAUUUCUUUUGCAAAUAAGGGUCUACAUAAAUCUAUAAAUGCAGUAGGCAAGGCAUUUUAGGAAAUCAAUUGCUAUAUUUUAAAAGUUGAAGAUGUUAAAAAUGAAGAAAAUAGACUAUAUUUCCCAGUGCUUUUAACUGAUUUUUGGCUGCAUGCAAGUGAAAAACAUCACGAUGAAAUAUACCAACCUGAUCAGAGCUAUUAGAAUGAAAUACACCCAGGGCUUGGGCAGAAAAUAGGAAACAGGAGUUGUUUACAGCCCUGAAUUUCCUCUAGCUACACAAAUAAUAAUUUUAACAAACACUCCAAGAAGUCUUUGAUCAUGAUUAUCUGACCCCAACAAUAAUGGACAGAGGCAGCGCUGUGAUGGUUUUGGCAGCUAUAUGUGACAUUAUCUUGGAUUACUUCUAGGGAGCGUUGUGGUCGUCCGUUUUCCAAAAGGUGGUCACCAAUUUCAGGAUAUUCAAAGAUUCAGAAGGUUUUACGGAGAGCAUAUGAGGGAUGGUACACUUGGAUUGGAUUUUAACAUAAUAAAAACGUCUCUAGAGUUCCUGGCAAUAGCAAGUGACAAACUGCCUCUCUAUCAUCAUCUGAAAUAGCUUUUGUUUUGUUUUAAUUCUAUGUCUGCCCCCAUAGCCAAGAUGACAUUAAUAUUUCUACAUAGCCUUUGUAUCAAGCCUUAUCUUGGUCAAAGAAUUGAAUGGAUUUAAUUUUAAAGUGGCUGUUAAUUUAUAAAUAACUUACCCUAUGAUUUCACUGUCAUCUUCAUAUUCUUUGUCCACUCUACAUGUCAGUCUUGCGUUAACAGAGAAAGACUUUGGGCCGCGACCUUCACUCAGAACACAAUGUUUUAUGUGUUUACAGCUGUACCAGAUGUUUUGCUCUUGCAAACUACCUGGAGGUCUUCUCUGAGAGGAAAAUCACCACUCAACCAAACCUGCAUGUUUUUAGACUGUGGGAGGAAGCCUGAGCAAUCAGGGAGAAAAAAAGACCCACAGGCUCAGGGAAGCAAGUUAAUCUAUGAUGUCACAGCGCUAACACACAUACCAUCAUCCUGGCUCCUUUUCAGAUUCUGUCCUAAAUCCAAGCUGUCCUCUGUCAACCUCCAUCACAGAAGUGACUUCUUUAACUCUGAGCAUCUGAGCAUUCAUGUUUUGUUG